AUGACAGUACAACAUGAAGAAAUUGCCACGGAAGAUCUUCCGCAAAUUGACACCGUUUCGUCUACAGCUAUAAAAUUAGAGCCACUGGAGCAGCCUACUCACGAAAACACGGAUGAAAGACUGAGAAAAAUUGAUGAGCUCAAGUAUUUUCUAUGCACAGCCACUAACGAUUGGGACCCAAAUCAAGCAGUUCGUACUUUUCCUCUGCCAACUGGAGAAAGCGUAUCUUGUGUUUUUUGGAACGAGCUAUUCCAUAUUACGGGUACAGAUAUUGUCAGAUGCUUACUCUACCGGUUUCACUUAUUCGGUAGGCCAGUGACAAAUUUGAAGAAAUUUGAAGAAGGCAUUUUCAGUGAUUUACGUAACUUGAAACCUGGAAUGGAUGCAUCCUUGGAAGAGCCUAAAUCAGAAUUUCUUGAAAUGCUAUACAAAAAUAAUUGUAUCCGCACACAAAAAAAGCAAAAAGUUUUCUAUUGGUUUUCGGUACCUCACGAUAGGUUAUUUCUGGAUGCACUUGAAAGGGAUUUGAAGAAAGAAAAGAUGGGUCUCGAGCCAACAAGCAUUUCCGUCGCUCAACCUGCCACUUCUUUAACUUUGGACUCCUCUCAAGAUAUGUUUGAUCAGCUAAGAAAGUCAAUGUCGCUAUCUGCUGUUGCUGUAGCUCAAGCGAUGGAUGAAAAUCUGCUAAGCCUGCAAAAAACUACCGUGUCCAAUACUAUAAACGAUCCUAACACUUCUUCUAAUUCUCCUAUUUCAUUGACUGCUUCAGCAGACAUCGAUUCACUGCAUGUGUCAGUGUCACCUGUCCAAUUUCAUAAUGCUCAAUCUGCACCCACCAGUAGUAAAGCUGGUCAUAGAGCAAGUCGUUCAAUGUCAUCGAUUUCAUCGAUGUUUUUAGAAGGUUCUGAUUUACAAUGCGCCGGUCUUCCAUAUGAUAGCUUUACAGCGGGGUAUUCACCACUUAUCCUUAAGUCCGCAGAGCAGAAGGCCAUAUCGGCUGAACAAAAAAAGCUCUUUGGCGCAUUAUCCUUAUUUGAAGGAUCCCCAACGUAUAAACAACGGCAAAGACGGAAAACGUUCUCAAGCAUUCCAUUAAUAACUGACAUUGGUAAUUUUGUUGGCGACACUUCAAUCGACUCACAAGAGCUAUUUCACUUGCUUCGUAACCAACAAUUACAACAACAGGCCAGAAUAGAUCAUGAGAAUAAUGGUAAUAGUUGUGCUUUGGAUGAUAAAUCUUACACUUGCCCUCUAUUACAAUGCGCAAGAAAUUUCAAACGUCUAGAACAUCUUAAACGUCAUUUCAGGACACAUACGUUAGAACGUCCUUUCUCCUGUGACAUGUGUGGAAAACAAUUCUCCAGAACAGAUAAUCUGGCUCAGCACAAGAGAAUCCAUAACAGAAAUCGUUUAUCUGCAGUAACAAAGAUCAAUGAUACUCGAAUUAAAUCACAUAUGAGAAAACGUGCUUCUACUAUGAGUGACUUACCCACAGCCUCAACUACUGCACAUGUCAUAAGCCCUCCGCUUAUUACAAACUUGCAAAGUAUUACUUCAGUAAGCCUUCCAGCAAGCAGUAGCAGCAGUAGCUUUGACUUCACCAGUAUGCUUGCUGAGGCGAAUCAACAUUAUUCCUCAUUGUCCACCACAUUAAUGCUUGGCUACAGUGCACCUCUACAUGCAACCGACAAGGCUGCUUCAUGUCAAGAAUCUCCUCGGCUCCCUUUUUCAGAAAAUAAUACAGUCAGCUCAUCACCUGCAACUGUGUUUACAGCUCUGGAUGCAGCAUUCUAUGAUAGAAUAUCAUUUAAUGAGUUACGAAAAGACCAAUUUUCUUAUCAAGAUAAACAGAUGUCGGUAGAAGUCGGAGAGUUCCUGCCCCUUAUUUUUUGUGAAUAUGACUACAACAAUACGAUCUCUAAUAUGCAAUAA